AUGUCUCUCUUCGGCAACUUGGGCGGAGCGACCACGAGCGCGCCGGCGACCAACACUCUGUUUGGCGGUACUGCUGGCACCACCACCACUGGCACCUCGCUGUUCGGAACCCCAGCGACCAACACGGCCCAGACCAGCACGACAGGUACUGCUCAAGCGACUGGCGGUCUAUUUGGCGCGAAACCCGCGACGACUCAAGCGACUCCCUCCCUUUUCGGCGGUACCGCGACUGCGACAGCUCCGGCAACCGGUGGUCUGUUCGGAACACCAGCUGCGACAACCGGCACCGCGAUGAACCAAGCAGGAACCACGGGUGGUUUGUUUGGAACCACGGCUACGAACACGGCUGCCAAACCAUCGCUGUUUGGUACAGGCACCACCACGACUACCACCCAGCCAGCGACUGGUGGUCUCUUUGGAAAUCUGGGGACUACCACUGCCAAUCAACAACCAGCUACAGGAACCACUGGGGGUCUCUUCGGCGGCUUGGGCAGCACCUCGACAACGACCGCCAAGCCCUCUCUCUUCGGUGCCCCGGCUGCCACUACACAACAACCUGCCACCAUGGGAGCUCCCGGUACCGCCAGCCAGAGUCUCUUCGGAGCUACGAACAACCAAGCCCCCGCCAACAACUCUACACCCGUCAACCAGGCCAGCGGCGCCUUCUUCGACAGCCUGCUCGCCCGUAACAAGAAGCAGGCCGAGGGAGAGACGGCGCUCGGCGACCUCCCAAGUCUUCAGCUCGGCCUUGGUGAUCUGCGUCAGAGGCUCAAGAAGGUCGGUCCCCAGACACAGGGCCGUCCCGUUGAUGGAAAGGCACACUACUUCCUCGCCGCGUCAGGUGUCGACCCAGGCGCUGCUGUCAGAGAUCUUGGCGCCUUUGGCCUUGGGGCGCGGGCGGAAAGGCAACAGACUGGACAUGGAGCUAGGGACGAGGUGGAUGUUGAGACAUACCUGUCCAACUUGCAGCAGAAGACGACGCUGAGCAUGAUUUCGGACGGCCUGGAACGGUCCGUCCGUGAUUUUGACAGCUUCUUGGAGGAGAAUGUGACGAUGGAGUGGGAGAACCAACGGAAACGUAUCUACCAGCACUUUGGUAUUCAGCCCAGGAACGAGGCCGAGCGUGCCAGUGGUUCGGCCCGUGAGGGAGGGUUCGGUCGUUCCCGCCGCAGAAGCUCUCAGACUCCUCGCGCUACCCAGAACGCGAGGUCAGGCUUGCAGCGCUCCAUCAUCGGUACGCCAAGCCGGAUCGGCUCUCACGCCCCAGAGUUUUCGGAUGUCGAGAAGGACGCCGGCACCUCUGCCAGCAACUUCGGCUCUGUGGAGGACCGGUUCCUUCGUGAAAAGCAGGAGAAGCUUUCUGAGCAGGUCCGCUACAUCAAUGAUGCUCGGCAGCACAAGGAGCCCGUCUAUGUUUGCCGCGAUUUUGCGGAUUUGGAGAGCAGAUCUGGCGACAAGCAUGCACCGCAUAUUGUUGAGGCGUAUCGGGCCAUGAUGGAAAUCGUUAGAGAGAACCCCCAUCUGGAUCAGGUGCCAAAGGAACGAGCAUUUGCCAAGAAGUACCUGGAUCCCAGCACCCUGUCCAAGAAUGCUGUGGAUAUGAGGAAGCAGAUCCUCGACGGCGCCAACCGGUACUUGGAGAAGCAAUUCUUCGACGAGGUCAACGCUUUGAUUGCCAAGUAUCCCCAGGACGCGAACCUCGGAGGCAAGCCCGAUGUUGUCAGCAAGAUCAAGGCCUUCAUCAGGCUCCGCAUUGCUCGCAAGACGUUGGUUCCCGACAACACCGACCUCCAGUCUGUCAACGGCGAGUACAUCUGGGCUGUUGUUUUCUAUCUGUUGCGCGCUGGUUUCGUGAACGAGGCGGCCACGUACGUCAACGACAUGCAACAUCACUUCCGCAGCAUCGAUAGGACGUUCCCAGGUUACAUCAACAGCUAUGCCUCUAGCGAGGAUCGCAGACUCAAGCGCCAGAUGCAGGACCGGUGCACCAGCGAGUACAACCAGCGCAUCCGCAACGCCCCCGAAGGCACUAUCGACCCGUUCCGCAUGGCCUGCUACAAGAUCAUCGGCCGGUGUGAUGUUAGCAACAGGAGUCUUGACAACCUCAACACCGAUGUCAACGACUGGAUCUGGCUGCAGUUCAACCUCGCCCGCGAGACUGCCAAGGAGCUCGAGAUUGCCGGCGAAUCGUACGGUCUUCCCGAGCUCCAGGCCAGCAUCAAGGAGAUUGGACUCAAGCACUUCCCCAAGAGCCCCGCCGAGGAUACUAAUGGUAGCUUCGGCAUGUUCUUCUUCAUGCAAGUUCUUGCGGGCAUGUUCGAGCAGGCUAUUGCUUAUCUCUACCCCUUCUCCUACGUUGAUGCGGUCCACUUCGCCAUCGCUCUCAGCUACUACGGCCUCUUGCGUCCUGCCGAUGCCUUUACCGGCAACGAGCUGCUUUCCCACAGCACCCGUGGUCUCCCACAGAUCAACUUCGGCAGGAUGCUCGGUUACUACACUCGCGACUUCCGCGCCGCCAACGCCGCCUCUGCCGUCGACUACCUGGUACUUAUCUGCCUCAAUGCCGACGACGCCGCCGGCAACGGCCAAGCCCAGGCCCAACUCUGCCACGAGGCUCUCCGCGAGCUUGUCCUCGAGUCCCGCGAAUUUAGCAAGCUCAUCGGCGACAUCAAGCCCGACGGCCACCGCAUCCCCGGCGUCAUCGAGCAGCGCGGUUCCCUCAUCGCCCUGGGCCACGAGCAAGAGUUUGUCACGCAAAUCACCCACCAAGCCGCCACCUACGCCGACGACAACGGCCGGACCACGGACGCCGUCCUGCUCUACCAUCUGGCGGGCGACUACGACACCGUCAUCGCCAUCGUCAGCCGUGCCCUCAGCGAGGCCGUGUCUCUUGAGAUUGGCGAGGAUCCUCUGCGCCUGGUGCCCGUCAAGCCCCGUGCCGAAGGUGAGGUUGCCAACGCGCAGCAAGGGACCAGCCUCAGCCUGGCUGCGAUCGACGACCCUGUUGAGCUGGCCCGCACCAUGAUGUCCAUGUACGAGCGUGACGCCAUGUUCUUGAACCACAUCCGCGACCAGAACAGGAUUGCGUGCAAUCUGUUGUUGAAGAUGAGCGAGAUCAAGGAGAUGAUUCAGCGGAAUGAGUGGGCGCAGGCUAUUGAUGUAAUCCGCUCCCUCUCCAUCCUCCCUACAGACGACUGCAUGGGCGACCCGGCCAAGAUCCGGUCCUAUGCAUCCAAGUUUUCGAGCUUGGCCCAGCCCGUGGCCAUCAACGUGCCCAACCUCAUCAUGUGGACCAUCAUCUGCUGCACGCGGCAGCGCGAGAGGCUGCUUACCGGCCAGUUCGUCGGCAAUGCCGGUACCGCGCGCGAGAUGCUGGCGAGGCUGAAGCAGAUCACUGUUGAUUUGACUACUUAUACGAGUCAGUUGCGGUACAGGCUGCCGCCGCAUUUGACGGAGGCGUUGGCUAGGGCUAGUGCUGAUUAG